UUAACCUUUGAUGUGAAUGACCUUGAUAGUAGAUCUGGUGCCUCCCUCUCCCUCUCUUCAGUCACUUGGAGUCAUCCACAGUGCAGCGGCAGCAGCAGCUGUCCGUCCGUCGGUCCGUCCCACGGAGCUGUGUUGUUGUCAGUGGCCCCUGGUGGAGCUGCUGUUGCUGAGCAUGUUCUCGGCUGCUCCACAGGACAGAAGCUACGCUUCCCACCAACACACAGGUUGCGGACAUGGAUAGCUGAGCGCACGGCUCCGAUACAAGAGCGCUGUCACCAAGCUGUUAUUCAUCCCUGCAUCAUGGAGGCUCAACCUGGUGCAUCAUGGGAGCUCAUCAACGGUGUGACAGACGCAAUAUAUGAGGGCUGAGAGGUCGUAAUGGAGACUGACAGCUACACCUCAGGCCCAACCACCCCUGACUGGGUUGGGACAGUGGCAAGCCUGGAGGGAAUGGGAGUCCUUCAGGAGCAGGGAGGAGGGGUGUCGUCCAGCAGCCCCACGUCCUGGUACAUGCCCUACUCGCUGGGCUUCCAGGUGUCGCUGACCGCCUUCCUUAUGCUGGAGCUGGUGUUGGGUUUCAGCAGCAACCUAACAGUGCUGGUGCUUUACUGCUCUCAGUCCAACUUAGUGGAUUCAGUGAGCAAUAUGGUGACUGUCAAUCUGCAUGUGCUGGAUGUGGCGGUGUGUGUGCUGUGUCUGCCCCUCACUCUGGUGGUUGUACUUUUGCCUCCAGGACCAAACCUGGCCAUGCUCUGCUGCUUCCACGAGGCCUGUGUCACCUUUGCCAGCAUAGCCACGGCCAUCAACGUCCUGGUUAUCAGCUUGGACCGAUAUGACAUCUCAGUGCGGCCGGCUAACAGGCUGCUGACGACACGUAGAGCAUCGCUGCUUCUGGCUGCUGUUUGGGUCACCUCGGUGGCUGUGUUUUUUAUCCCGUUCUUGGAGGUUCAGUGGUCUAGUAGUGAUGAAGCAGAGGAAAGAGCACAGGUAACACCCUUGUUGUUGUCCGCACAUAGUAUCAGUGCUACAGUGAUACCAGCAUGGCAUAACCGGACACUGCUGUGUGUUGGAGGGCAGGGCUACCACACAGGCCUGGGUAUGUAUUACCAUCUUAUCCUGCAGGUACCCAUCUUCUUCACCACUGUGGCAGUCAUGCUGUUCACCUACUCCAGAAUACUGAGGGCUUUAAACAUCCGUAUUGGCUCCCACAUGAAGAAGAGCCAGCGGUUCAGGGGCCCCUCCUAUAGGGGGCACCACAAGAAACAGAGAAAAAAGAAGGCAGGGGGCAGAAUAAAUGAUGGUGGGGAGGUAGGAGGGGAGCAGUGCACCACAGAUGGUACCAAACAGCUCAGCCACCCUCCCCUCAUCUCUUCUCCUUCCCCCACCCCCACAGCUACCUCCCCACCUGCCCUAUCCUCUUCCGCUCCGCUCGUCACCUCUGACGUGAGCGCUGCGACCCCAAUGCCUACCACUAUGGGUGUCCAGGCCUCUGUGUCAGCCAUCAUUGCCCUGAGGCGGGCAGUGCGGCGACACAGAGAUCGGCGCGAACGUCAGAGGCGGGUGUUCAGGAUGUCACUUAUCAUUAUCACCACCUUCAUGGGCUGUUGGGCUCCCCUCUCCAUGACCAAUUUGCUAAUCCUGGGCAUAGGCCCCAGUGAUGCCCUGGUCAGCCUACGCCUCUGGUUUUUGGCCUUGGCCUACGGCACCACCGUCUCCCACCCUCUGCUAUACGCCUUCACCCGACAAAAGCUGCGCCGUGCCCUCCGUGCAAAGGUUAAGAAGAGGGUGGUGUCCCUGCUCCAGGUAGACCCUUCACCAGGUGGCACCGUCAUACACAACUCCUGGGUGGAGAACAGAAAAACCAGCCGGCAGGUGCGGCUGGAAGCAAGCGAAGGUACUGACCGCUGCCUGGCAGAGGUCCUGUGAGACUGACAAACAUCAGCCCGUCUCUUAUAAUUAAAAACCAGAAUACAGUCACAGGUGUUUUCCAUUAUAAAACUCACUGGUGCGUGAGUCAGUGUAAGAAAUGUGAAAAACACAUUUCCACCCCUGGGAGAUCCACCAGCACUAAGCCCAUGCUAAACACAGCUAACAUUCACCUCAGGCAGUAGUGGGAGCAGAUGCUGUCAUCAGUGUGGUGCGCAAAGCUUCUGCAGCUGAAGGAAAUCAUACAACAACAAACACAGAAUUGUAUAUAAUUUGCACUCUGUCAAAUAGUGAAGUCUGUUUACAUAUGGAGUUGUAUGAUAGAGCGUUCUCUUAGUAGUGCUUACCCAACUGCUACUAAAGAAUGUAUUGAGCCAGCAGAUGAUGUGAUCUGCCACCCACUCAAACGCUCCAAGGCAGCUUUAAAAUGUUCAAACACAUAAAUAUUAGAAAGAAAAAAAAAGAAAAGAAGAAAAGAAAAAAAAAAUCCUUAAAUGUAUUUAAUAUCGUCUCUGCCUUAAUUCUGCUCUGUAGGUUUGGUUGCUUUUUGAACCAAAAGGGGAACAUGUUUGUGAUCAUAAUUGUUAGACACAGUGGAUACUUCACAUGAAAUAUGGUGAUGAGAUGUAAAUGUGUCAGGGUUGAAGUCCACACAAAAGAGGAACAUGUCAGAGAAAAAUUACAGGCUAGUGAUAAAUAUUAAAUACAGUUUUUCUUUAUCGUAAGUAGUUAUUCAGUGUUACAGUGUUUAUAUAAAAUCUUGCAAAGCUCCUUCAUGUAAAUGCAACUCAUUUUCUCAGCAAUUUGUCUAAAAUGGUGUAAUAUCUUAUUGGUGUUUUGCAUAUACUGCUGGGAAAAGGUGAGCACAUUGUUUAGAGUAGUUUGACAUUUUGGGAAAUAGGCUGAUUUAUGUUCAGUUACAGAAAAUUCUGAUGGUUGUGCGAUAAAUAUGAAGUCACAGCCAGCAGCUGGUUAGCUUAGCAUAAAGACCAGAAAAAGAGGGAAACAGCUUGAUUAAAAAAAAAAGGAAAAAAAAGAAAACUCCUGCUUUUCACCUCUGUUUUUCUACAGAUUAAACAAAUGUGAUGUAACAUGUUACCCUUGAAUGAGUAUGGGUAGCUGUUUCUUAAUAUUUCUGAAACUUUAUGCUAAAAUAAGCUAACUAGCUGCUAACUACAGUGCCAUAUUUAGCACAGUCUACGGAUAUGAGAGUGCUCUCAAACUUUUCUAACCUUCAGCAAGAAAGUAAAUUAACGUCUUUCCCAAAAUGUUUAACUAGUCCUUUAAAGGUCUGGUGUGUAGGAUUGGGGGCUACUAUUUUUAGAAUAAGGCAGGCAUGGAAAAUAAUAUUCACAACUAUGUGAAAAACACCUGAAAAUAAGAUUCUUUUUAUUUUUGUUACUUUUAUAUCUACAGCGGGGGAGGGUCCUCUUUCACAGAGGCCGCCAUGUUGAAACGCCAUGUUUCUACAGUAGCCCAGAACAGACAAACUAAGCACUGACUCUAGACCGAGCCUUUCAAGUGUUGUUUCUCCUUUGAUGAUGUGAGAAGAUGGCAAUGCAGUGGUUACACCACUGGAUGCAAUUAAAUCCUACAUACUGGACCUUUAAGUAGUAAAAAUGUGAAUAUAUUUUGUGAUUAUUAUUAAAUUUUGAUUUAUGGGUAAAGUCAGCUGGAUGUGCUGAGGCAGCUAACUGUAAGAUGGAUGCUAGCUGACGGACACAGUUAACAGGAAAACCUUUUAAUAUAAUGCAGUCCAGUGUGUCACCAAAAACUACAAUCUGAAAAAUAACCAUUCAGUUGAGCCCCAUUAAAAAUAGUAUUUAUCACAGAUCUAUUGUUUUGGAUUGCAUUAUAUUUUAGGUGUGGUUCACUUGGGGGUUUGGGCAUGCUAAAAAUACGCACUUCUCUUUUUAAAAUAAUGUGUACAUACUGUAAAUACUGACAAGCUCUAGAUUUAUUACAUGUGAACAAUCUACAGUCACUUGGUCUGUAUGCGGUUAUUACAAGCAGACUUUUAGAGGAGCGUUUCAGUUGCAGCUGGCUCGUCUCUGUGUCAGCACCCAGACAACUGGUCCCACGGGUCAACUCAGCCAGCAAACACGAGAGAGUGAAUGUCACUACAGACGAGCUCUGACGCAUUGGUGGGAUUAUAACAGGACUAGUGAUUGCUGUUGAUUUAUGUGUUCACUGCACUGAUGCUGUACUCACACUGGGACGCAUUUCAGAGGCCAUGUGAUAUACAUAUGAACAUAAACAUCACUGAUGCGUUCUUGAAUGUAAACUCAUUAUACUGUAUGUACACCAAGAAUAUGCUAUCUUUAUAGGUUUCUCCUCAUGGUGUUGUUUUUAUGUGAAUGUAUCACCAUGCAAUGUUGAAUAA